ACAGGUUUGUUGCUGGUGGUACUUCUGGUGUCCAACAUGCUUCUGACAAAGGAAGGAGUGACUUCUUUGCCAAUCUGCCCCAAUGGAUCUGUCAAUUGCCAACUHUCCCUUGAGGAACUUUUUGACCGAGCAGUUAAACUUUCACACUACAUCCACUUCCUCUCUUCGGAAAUGUUCAACGAAUUCGAUGAACGCUAUGCCCAGGGCMGGGGUUUCAUUGCGAAAGCUGUCAAUGGCUGCCACACCGCCUCCUUAACCACUCCUGAAGAUAAGGAGCAGGCUCAGCAGAUUCAUCAUGAAGACCUGCUGAAUUUAAUCCUGGGGGUUCUGCGCUCCUGGAAUGAUCCCCUGGUCCAUCUGGCUUCUGAAGUACAAAGAAUCAAAGAAGCUCCAGAAACCAUUCUCUGGAAGGCUGUGGAGAUUGAAGAACAAAACAAGCGGCUUCUAGAAGGAAUGGAGAAAAUAGUUGGGCGGGUUCAUUCUGGAGAGGUUGGAAAUGACAUUUAUACUCCAUGGGAAGGACUCCCAUCCCUGCAGCUUGCUGAUGAGGACUCCAGACUCUUUGCCUUUUACAACUUGCUGCACUGCCUCCGCCGAGAUUCCCACAAAAUCGACAACUAUCUCAAGGUCCUGAAGUGCCGCCUAAUCCAUGAUAACAAUUGUUGAGUACUCAUGGGCUUAAGCACGUACURAAAUUGUCCAUUGUGUGAAUGAUUGAUGCUUGAUGCUUUGCCACUUUAUGACAAGUCACACUGCGCUGUACCUGCAUCAUCAUUAACUUUCAGGCAUGUUUGUAUGAAUUCUGGCAGUAACUAUUAGCACCGUAUGUGUCGGUGCUUUAAAAUAUUGCCAACUAAUUGUAUGACAAGAGCAUAAUUUUCUGUCUAAUCUCCUCCCCUAGUAGUAUUUCAAUGAUAAAAAUGUCUUGCAGAUACAAAUAAAAGUGUUCUUAAA